GAACGUACAAAACCCUUAUACUCACUCGGUGUUUUACUUCCGACUCAACAACCAUAAUGUUGCUGGUUCUAUGUUUAGCCCUUGUGGCCCUUGGGCAAGCAGAACAUAAGAGUUACGAGGGGUACCAAGUGAUUACUAUCAAUCCCACAACUGCCGAUGACGUUAGAGAUGUCGUCAGCCUUGUCGCAGAUAGAGCAAUGAAGGCCUCCUACUGGCAAGACCCAGUCGCCGUGCUUCCGUUCGAUGUGAUGGUUGCCCCCGAGACUGCAUUGGUUUUUGUUGAGGCUCUCAUUUACAAAGACAUCCAAUACACAAUUGCCGUCUCAAAUGUUCAGAGGUUUAUUGAACGUGAAGAGGCAAGUCGUGCACGGGGUGCAGUUAGCCAAGAAGAGGAUCCUGUCAACUACAUCCUGUCUGACUACCAAAGGCAUGACACGAUCAACGCUUGGCUGAACGACAUGGGUAGUCAGUACGCUAUGGCUAACGUCAACAGCAUCGGGUCCAGCUAUGAGGGGAGAGAUAUGAGAGCUAUUGCGAUCAGUGGGGGAAGUGGACGACCUGCUAUUGUCAUCGACUGUGCUCUCCAUGCCCGUGAAUGGAUCACAGUGCCCACGUGCAUCUACGCCAUACAAACCCUCCUUACGCAAUACAACAGCAACGCUGACGUCAGAGCAAUGGUGGACAGCUAUGAUUGGCAUUUCCUUCCCGUGGCUAACCCCGACGGUUAUGAGUACACACACACCAGUGACCGUAUGUGGAGGAAGACCAGAUCCCCGACCAAUGAUGUUUUAUGCACAGGAACUGAUGCCAACAGAAACUUUGACGCUUUCUGGGGAGAGGCGGGAGUCGACUUUGACCCAUGCAGUGACGUAUAUCCCGGUUCUCGUGCUUUCUCCGAGAUUGAAACCCAAAACAUCAGAGAUUGGAUCCAGAGCAUCCCAUCGAAGAGACUCUACCUUAAUGUCCAUUCCUACACCCAGCUGUGGCUGACACCUUGGGGAUACAAUCCAAAUGAGAGAUACCCUGCCGAUUACGCCGAGCUCGAAAGAGUUGCUACCUUGGCUAUGGCUGGACUUCGAAGUGUCAAUGGCAGAGAAUUCAUAGUUGGCACUCCACCUGAUAUUCUAUACCCUGCCUCUGGAGGUGCCUAUGAUUGGGCGAAGGCCUCAGCUGGAGUGAAAUACUCCUACGCCCCAGAACUGCGCCCGGCUAGUGCCAUUGAGGGAGGUUUUAUCCUUGAUACCACACACAUCAUGCCAUCUGGUAGAGAGGUCUUCGAAGCUUUGAGAAUACAUGCUGAAGAAAUGAGAGCUUGAAUAAAAUUAAAUAAUGUCAUUUGGUCAAAUAAAUAUUGUUAGUCUACAAUGAAGUAGGCCUACACAAAAAGUCUA